CACAGACUCCCUAAUCGAGGUUUGCGGAGCCCAUUCCCCCUCGCGCCCAAAGUCCAGUCAACGUGGCGGACUUUUGGGGGAAUGAUCGUAUGAUCGCAGGAGAUGCUGAUGUGGGUCGCGAAGGUUUGACCGCAUAAUAUGCGACUUGGAAUUGAAGGACGGCGUCACUGACCCGCUUUGUCGAUAACGCUGAUGUUCAAAAGCAAGCUUCUAAUUUGGACGUAUUCGAAUUAGGUAUUUGCAGGGGUAGCUUCUCAGGCGUGUCUCCGCGAUGUUCAUCUAUGGAUCUCAGCAGUACAAUCGGAACGGUAGAUUUGGAAUGAGGUGGCGGAGUCUCCAUACGUGCCGAUCACGUCUCCUCGUCCUCAGUCUCUGUCUCGUGCUCCUGUCCACUGCUUCAAACCAACCCCCUUUGUUAUGUCCGAUUUCCGGACCAAGUGUCCGAGAUCCGAAUUCAAGUGAAAUUUAGGUACUUUUUUACACGGUUUUUCUGCGCGGAUUGUUGAGGUUGUCAAGCGGUUAAUGGUGGGGUUUUGUUCCGCUUGAGAUAAUUCGUGAUUUGUUGGCUGUUGUGAGCUGGUUGGAUUCUUUCUCUUUGUGGAAGCUGACUGUAACUGUACGAUUUUUUUUUUUGGGUAGCGUACAUAGGGAAUGUGAGUUUCUGAGAGGCGAAGAGAAAUUUUGUAGCAUGGAUUUUGGGAUCACUCACUCGGCGGCAUCACGUCUUUGAUUAGCGGGAGUCUGUUGUGUAAACCUGAAACAUCGCAGCGGAGAAGUGUUUUUGUUGUGAACUCGAUGGCGUAUUUUUUAGAUGGUCGGAUUUUGUACAGGAGGGGUUUUACGAAAACUAAUGCAUAUGCUCGUUUGCUGUAACCGUAAACUGUUUCAUGCCGAUCCUACUUGUGUUAGGGUUUGAGAUUAUCAGUACCUUUGUCUUUAGUUGAAGUCAACUUACGAGCACGUAGGGCUACAUUGAACCUCUUUGCAUGGCUUGGAAAUGGUUUAUUUUAGGCUUCGAAGAUGCAAUUCAACUACAAUGAGUUUCUAUGACGGAUUCGCGAAAUUUUAGAUAAACCACCCGUAUUGGUGCAAAUACAAACAUCUUGUACCUACGAGAGCACUGAAAUGAGGUUGUAGUUUUUCAUUUUAAGUGCAAAAAUGACCCCUGAAGAAAGUUUGUCGGGCGAAGUGCCAAGGAUUUCUAAGGAUCAGUCGAACGUCAGCACCAGGUCAUCGGGCACAUUUACUCCAACUUCAAAGAAUGAGCAUAGCUGGGAGGAGCCCCUUUCUCGACCGCUAGCAACACUUUGUCAAGCUUAAGCUGCUUGCCACUCACUUCUCCCCUCCAGCAUAUCGAUGAAAAUCUGUGUUUUAGGAUACUAUCCUGUACAAAUUGUAAACACGAGAGAAUGAUUCAAAUUUGUCUUAUGUUCAACCAGCCGUCUUUUCCUCAGGGACAGGGACGUCAGGACAGCAAGCCGUAUGUAGAUUAUUAUUAAUCUACUGUCAUUCGCCCUCAUAAACCUCGUUGGGAUAGUAUUUGAAACCUCUAUGCCUGAGUUGGAGUCCUUUCCUGGUGGGCGUUCACAGGACGUGCCGUCUGUGAGCAAUGAAGCCCAAACAGGCGAGAGGAUUGAGGCAGAUAGAAAACCACAGGGGGAAAUCGCGGUCAUGGUUAGGAGGGAUUCGGAAGAAGUUUCCAAUGGAGCACCUAAGAGGACAGCUUCUGGUUCACAAAGAUUAUCUGGCUCGCAAAGAUUGUCUGGCUCGCGUAGGCUAUCUUCUACUCGAAGACCCAGUCUGAGAGAGGAUGACUCACUGAGGGUCGUGUAUAUCAACAAUCCAGAUCGAACUAACAAAAACUUCAACAUGGCAGGGAACACAGUGCGAACCACAAAAUAUACUAUUUUGUCAUUUCUACCAAAGAAUCUGUUCGAGCAAUUCCAUCGCUUUGCAUAUAUUUACUUUCUCUUUAUUGUUAUUCUAAAUCAAAUUCCACAACUUGCAGUUUUUGGAAGAACUGCUUCUCUUUUCCCUCUUAUACUGGUGCUAGUGGUCACAGCUAUCAAAGAUGGUUAUGAGGACUUUGGCCGACGUCGGUCGGAUAAGAGGGAGAAUAAUCGUAAAUCUUUGGUGUUUCAAAUCGAUAAGUUUCAGGAUAAGAAGUGGAAGAACAUUCAGGUAGGAGAGGUGGUGAAAGUCCUUGCCAACGAGACUGUUCCCUGCGACAUAGUCUUGCUUGCUUCAAGUGAUCCAUCUGGAGUUUGUUAUGUCGAAACUCUGAACCUUGAUGGGGAGUCAAACUUGAAGAGCAGGUAUGCGAGGAAGGAGUUCACUGUUGAGCAUCCCGAGCAAAGACCUUUGAAGGGUACUAUUGUAUGUGAGACUCCAAAUAGGAAUAUUUACGAGUUCCAAGGUCGCAUGGAUUUGGGAUCGGGAGUUAUGGUACCGCUGGCGGCUAACAACAUCAUCCUACGGGGUUGUGAGCUGAAGAAUACUGUCUGGGUACUUGGGGUUGUUGUUUAUGCGGGUAGAGAGACAAAGGCCAUGCUAAAUAGCGCUGGAGCUCAGUCAAAACGGAGUAGACUGGAACAUUAUAUGAACAGAGAAACGGGUUGGCUUGCAGUUUUUUUGAUCAUUAUUUGCUUCAUAGGUGGAUUGGGAAUGGGUCUUUGGGUAAACUCCAAUUCUGAUAUAUUAUCAGUCCUCCCUUAUUAUAAAAAACAAGAUCUGACAGGAGAGAAUUACAGAUUUUACGGCGAGUGGGGCGAGGGAGCUAUUGGUUUCUUGAGUUGCAUUAUCAGGUUUCAAAUCAUGAUUCCCUUAUCUUUGUAUAUUUCAAUGGAGUUAGUACGACUUGGACAAUCGUAUUUUAUGACACGAGACAGAGAGAUGUACCAUGAAAGUUCAAAUACAAGAUUCCAGUGCCGGGCAUUGAAUAUCAACGAAGAUUUAGGUCAGGUAAAGUAUCUCUUUUCUGACAAAACGGGUACAUUAACGGAGAACAAGAUGCAAUUUGACUCAGCAAGCAUUGGCGGUGUAGAUUAUAGCUACGCGAAGAUUACUGUUGAUACAGUGCCAGUUAAAGCUGACGGUUCAAUUAGCCCUGCGGACACUGAGAUCGGGAAAAGCAUCAAAGUUGACUCGGAAUUGCGUCGUAUAUUGGAUAGUCCAGAACCCGCACCUGCUCGACAUUUAGUAUGGGAAUAUUUUCUUGUUUUGGCCGCAUGCAAUACGAUUGUUCCAACAUGGGUGAAGAAAUCUGCUUCGGGUCAGUUGGAAAUGGAGGCAGUUAAUGGUAAUGGAGAUAGUUUAGGAUUUAUAGAGUAUCAAGGAGAGUCUCCAGACGAGCAAGCUCUUGUAGCAGCUGCUGCAGCUUACGGAUUCACCCUUCUUGAGAGGACUUCUGCAAGCAUCGUCAUAGACGUCUGUGGAGAUCGGCGGAGGUAUGAAGUAUUGGGGAUUCACGAAUUUGAUAGCGUGAGGAAGCGCAUGUCAGUUGUAGUGGAGGGUCCCGAUAAAGUCAUCAAACUCUUAAUGAAAGGCGCUGAUUCCUCCCUCUUGAGUAUCGUUGGCGAAGGUGGGGAUGAGUACUCAAUUGGAGGAAGUGAGUCAGUGGAUGAGUUACAGCCUUCUGAUGGGGUGAUGAGUGCAACUUUGAAACAUCUGGAUAAUUAUGCCCGUAAAGGUUUGCGGACACUUGUAGUAGCAUCAAAGGUGCUUACUCGGAAAGAGGUUGAGGAUUGGCAUUUUCACUACGUGAAAGCAAGUAGUGCUUUGCAUGAUAGGGUUGGCUUGAUGCGCAAUGCCGCAGAACUGGUGGAGUGCAAUCUUAGUCUUUUAGGUGCCACUGGAAUUGAGGACCAACUUCAGGGUGGGGUUCCUGAAACCAUUCAAUUACUUAGGGAGGCAGGUAUCAAAUUAUGGGUUUUGACUGGUGAUAAGCAAGAGACAGCCAUCUCCAUAGGAUUCUCGUGUCUGCUUCUUACUCGGGAUAUGCAGCAAAUCAUCAUUAAUGAAAGCACAUUUGAAGGUUGUCGCUCUAAGAUUUUAGGUGCAAAGGCGAAGUAUGUCAUAAAACCACCACCAGAAAAAAAGUUGUUUUCAUGGAAACGUCAAAAUGGUAUAGAUGCUGCUAAUAGUGGACAUGAUGAAGUGACUGGAGAAUCAGCAGAUAGUAAUAGCAGGUUCAACCAACCUCUAGCCCUCAUUAUUGAUGGGAACAGUUUGGUACAUGCCUUAACGUCUGCAUUGGAAAAAGAUCUUUAUGAACUUGCAACGGCUUGCAAAGUGGUGAUCUGCUGUCGAGUUGCUCCUUUACAGAAGGCUGGCAUUGUUUCCCUCGUCAAACGGAAAGCUGGGAAGAUGACUUUGGCAGUCGGUGAUGGUGCAAACGACGUCUCGAUGAUACAAAUGGCCGACGUCGGAGUGGGCAUCAGUGGGCAGGAAGGGAGGCAGGCUGUCAUGGCCUCUGAUUUCGCAAUUGGUCAAUUUCGGUUCCUCAAGAAAUUGCUCCUCGUGCAUGGUCACUGGAACUAUGAGCGUUUGGGCUACAUGGUUCUCUACAACUUUUAUCGCAAUGCUGUUUUUGUAAUGAUGCUUUUCUGGUUCAUAUUUUAUGCAGCUUAUUCAGCACAGUCAGCUCUCACUGAUUGGAAUUUAGUGUUCUUUUCCCUUAUUUACACCUCCGUUCCGACAAUAGUAGUAGGCAUACUAGACAUGGAUGUGAAUCAGAAGACACUGUACGUUUAUCCACCGUUAUAUGGGUCUGGCCAGCGAGAAGAAGCUUACAACCAGCGUCUUUUCUGGAUUACCAUGUUGGACACUCUUUGGCAGAGUUUAGUACUCUUUUAUGUCCCUUACUUUAUCUAUAAGGUAACGGAUGUAGACUUGUAUGGUUUGGGCUUAGUGUGGUGCAUGGCAGUUGUCAUCUUGGUAAAUACACAUCUGGCGAUGGACAUCAAGCGAUGGACAUGGAUCGAACAUGUCGCGAUUUGGGCUUCUACUCUUGUGACAUAUAUAUGCCAACUAGUCAUGGAUGCCUUAUUAUCUGUCCCGGACCUUCUCCCUAAUCACUGGGUUGUAUUUCAUAUGAGUGGGUCUGUUAGGUUCUGGUUUACUCUGCUAUUAACUGUUAUAUUAGCGCUGUUGCCACGAUUUUGUGUGAAGUUAUUGAAGCAAUGGUUCUGGCCAUCUGAUCUUCACAUUGCAAGGGAGGCCGAGAUUCUACUUCCUAGUGGUCAACAAGUGACAGACUUGGAGCUUAAUGACGUUCAUCAGUCUAGUUCAAGCUUGAUACAACCCCCUCCGCCAACCGCUGUCUGAAUUGAUUUGUCUGCUGGUAUCAGAUUAUCUCUGAAACUCCUCAAUGCUUCGCUUGAGUGCAGUGAAAGUUCUGUAGCAGCGAAGUGAGUAAAAUUCACCUUAACGCCACUUUAUGUCCUGCUGGUCCUUAAAUCAUAGGCCAAGGGGAGAAUUAACCGAUAGUCGAUUGAAAUUUGAAGGCUAUACACUUAGAUCCUUGUGCGGGCCUUGAAGCAUUUUUUAGUAGCCAUUUCCCAAUGAGCCAUUACGUCUGAGAUACAACGCAAUUGAUUUGUUGGAUAUGUUGCGUGUGCAACCAUUUGUUUUCUUGAGCUGUAUCAAAUUCAAUAGAGACCUCACCUAACAUGAGGCAAAAUCUGUGAUGUUC